ACCAAAGAAACCAGAGCAGCUACCCACCGGAUCUGGAAAUGAACAUAGAAAGGAAGGGCGAAAAUAAUCCCGAAAUGAGCAAAUUUGGAGAGUAAAAUAGAGGACAACAGAAGUCAAUCUGUAACCUUCCGUAUACGCCAAUCCUUCACAUUCCUGCACGUUAUGCUCGCCCACUGCCCAACCACACCCAUGUAUAAAUACACGCCUCCGAAUCCAAUGCUGCUCACUCUUUAUGAGGAUAGUAUUGUUAGUCAAGAAAAUUCAAGAAAUUCAAGAGAUAAAUAAAUCAACGGUCAUGAUGCGUCCUCACUGCCUUCUCGCACUCGUUGCCCUCGUCCUUCCUCUGGUGGCCGCCGCCGCCACAGGCCACAGGGAGGCCUUGGUCGGCGGUUAUCAGCCCAUAAAGAACAUCAGCGACCCUCAUGUGAAAGAGAUCGCAGAGUUCGCGGUGUCGGAAUACAACAAGCAGGCCCAAGGAAAGAACAAGUUGGUGUUUCAGAGCGUGAUCCGCGGCGAGACCCAGGUGGUGGCCGGCAUCAAGUAUCGCCUUGUCAUUUCGGCCAAGAAUGAGUCGUCGGCGGUGUCCAACCCCACAGCCGCAGGGGCUGCCGGAGAGAAUUAUGAGGCUGUUGUCUGGGAAAAGAGUUGGGAGCAUUUUAGGCAAUUGAUCUCGUUCCGUAAAUUGGCAAAGACUUAAGUAAUUUUCAGGAGAAUGAUCCUUUCGUGUUUUAAUUAUUAUCGUCUGCAAAUGUGUGCAAAUGUGUACUCUGGAGUAUGGACUCUAAAUUAUAAUAAAGAAAUUUGAAUAGUUGAUGUUCAA